AUGGAGAAUCCGGAAAAGUUAGUGGCUCCGGCCGCUGAUGCGCUCCUCACUGACUCUUCGCCUUCUGAUCUUGAACACGCAAGCCACAAUGGCAAUACUCCUGAGCCGUUGGUGCAAGAUAAUGGCUCGCGGAGGAAGCCACUUGCCUUCCAUAUGUCGUUUCUAACUAUCAAUAUCAUGUGCUUUCUCGUUUCAAUAGACGCUACGAUCCUUGCUGUCGCGAUACCGGUCAUAGCUCACGAGCUUAAGGGAACUACGCUGGAGGCUUUCUGGGCCAGCAUAGCAUUUUUGCUUGCGGUAUGCGUCGUCCAACCAAUAUAUACCAGCGUAUCCAAUGUUAUCGGCCGCGCGAUGCCUCUUUACUCAUCCUUCCUCUUCUUCAUCGUUGGCUCUAUAAUAUUCGCAGUGUCACGAAGCAUGAGCGUCUUGAUUACCGGGCGUGUUAUUCAAGGGUUCGGGGCUGGAGGUCUGGACGUGCUGUGCGAAAUCAUCCUCGCUGAUAUCACGACCCUGAAGGAACGUCCAAAGUACAUCGGAUACUUGUCUAUUCCGAUGCUAGGAGGCACAAUUCUCGGUCCCAUCCUUGGAGGUGUCUUCAGCCAAUUCGUAACAUGGCGGUGGAUUGGGUGGAUCAAUCUUCCUCUAUCAGCUAUAGGUCUUCUCCUGGCGGUGCUUUUCCUAAGUCUCAAACCUAUCAAUCUAACAUUCCGGGAGAAGAUGCGUCGGCUUGACUGGGGUGGUAUGGCUUUAUUUACCAUCGGAUGCACGUUGUUUGCGUCGCCGGUUGCCUGGGCCGGUGCCAUGUUCCCGUGGUCCUCCUAUAAGACUUUGAUUCCGCUGUGCUUGGGCGCUGUAGUGUUAGGCAUAUUUGUUUGGUAUGAAUCACGACCAGUCGAGCCCGUCUUUCCAUAUCGAAUCUUUAAGAGCCUCACAGCGUCUAUGGCACUCUUCACGACCUUCUUCCAUGGCAUGGUUACUUACAGUGUUGUCAUGUAUACCCCAUUGUUCUUCCAGGCCGUAUAUUUGGACAGCCCGUUACAAUCUGCCGUCAUCUGUCUACCACUUUGCUGCAUCUCUGCCGGCUUCGGUCUGUUCUCAGCUAUAGCAGUGGAAAUAAUUCGCAAGUACCGCCUGCUUAUCUGGACUAACUGGAUCCUGACCGCGGUCGGCGUGGGAAUUUUCAGCCUCUUAGACCGUUCUUCCACCCUUGCGGAUAAAGCCUCCCUUCAGGUCCCCCUCGCCAUAGGGAUGGGCAGCCUGUUUGCACUCUUGAACCUUCCCCUGCAGGCUAGUUUGCCGAAUGCAGACGACAUGGGUCUUGCCGCCGGAAUUCUAGUCUCUUUUCGACUCUUUGGCGGGCUUAUCGGGUUGGCCAUAUGCUCUACAGUGUUCAACAACGUUUUCGUGUCUCAAAUUGACUUGCUCGGGCCCUUGCCGGGUGACCUGGCUAUCUUGAACGAUGUACGGGAGGCGGUCGGUCUCGUACCUCUUUUGAGGGAUUUAAAUAUGCCGAUCGAGUUAUUGGAUAAAGUUAUUGAGGCGUAUAGGAUAUCAAUCUCUGCCGUGUUUUGGACGCUUGCAGGAACGGCUGGGGUAGGAUUCUUGCUUUCUCUCUUAAUUAAAGAGAAGUCGUUGGAGAGCGAAGAGUUAGGAAAGCAGCAACUAGAAGAAAAAUGA